AUUUUCUCUCUCUACAUCUUGUUCCUUUUUCACAGUUUAUUGAUAAAGCUUUAGGUUUACAAUUAGAACCUUUAUACAAUCUAUACAAUUGUAAGCAGAAGUGGAGCCAAAAUUUGAAGCUUAUGGGUUGGAGAUUGUAAUCCAAGUUACUGGGCUGAAAUAAAAUAUUGGGCUGAAUUUUCAGAUAUUAUUUAGGUGGUUGGUUGUAUUCUUUUAUUCCCGGGAUAAUUAGAUUAGUUUGAGUUGAGUCUGGGAUUUUGCUGUUAUGGCUACUUGUACAUCAGCUGUGUUUAUGCCUCCUGAUACGCGACGGUCUCGUGGAUCAUUGACUAUUCUUGGUGGAAGACUUUGCGCCUUGAAAAUGCAAGAUGAGAAGAUUGGAUUUUGGGGAGUUAACCAAAAGGGUAGUUCAAGUUUGCCUCAGUUCAAGUGUUCUGCCAAUUCCCGUAGCGUCAACCAAUAUCAAAAUAAAGAUUCCUUUCUGAAUUUGCAUCCUGAAAUUUCGUUGCUUAGAGGCGAAGAAAGCUCGAGCGGAAAUGUAACCGAGAGCUUGAUGGAUUCGUCACGCUCGAACAAUUUUAAUGAGGCGAAGAUCAAGGUGGUUGGCGUAGGAGGUGGCGGAUCGAAUGCAGUAAAUCGCAUGAUUGAGAGUUCGAUGAAAGGUGUAGAGUUUUGGAUUGUGAACACUGAUAUUCAAGCAAUGAGGAUGUCACCUGUAGCGGCUGAGCAACGACUGCCGAUAGGUCAAGAACUUACAAGGGGACUUGGUGCAGGUGGUAAUCCAGAUAUAGGGAUGAAUGCUGCCAACGAAAGCAAGCAGGCGAUUGAAGAAGCUGUCUAUGGCGCAGACAUGGUUUUUGUUACUGCUGGAAUGGGUGGAGGAACAGGGACCGGUGCGGCUCCUAUAAUUGCAGGAACUGCCAAAUCAAUGGGUAUCUUAACUGUUGGUAUUGUUACAACCCCCUUUUCUUUCGAGGGGCGAAGAAGAGCAGUUCAAGCCCAAGAAGGGAUUGCUGCUUUGAGAGAAAAUGUCGAUACUCUAAUUGUCAUUCCAAAUGACAAAUUGUUGACAGCUGUUUCUCCAUCGACCCCAGUAACUGAAGCUUUUAACCUGGCUGAUGAUAUUCUUCGGCAAGGAGUUCGUGGUAUUUCUGAUAUAAUUACGAUUCCUGGGCUAGUAAAUGUGGAUUUUGCUGACGUGCGUGCUAUUAUGGCAAAUGCUGGUUCCUCGUUAAUGGGAAUAGGAACCGCUACGGGAAAGACCAGAGCCAGAGAUGCAGCGUUGAACGCCAUUCAAUCUCCUUUACUGGACAUUGGUAUAGAGAGGGCUACUGGAAUUGUGUGGAAUAUAACUGGUGGUAGUGAUCUAACAUUAUUUGAGGUAAAUGCCGCAGCCGAGGUUAUAUAUGACCUUGUGGAUCCUAGUGCGAACCUUAUUUUUGGGGCGGUGAUAGACCCAUCAAUAAGUGGACAGGUCAGCAUAACCCUAAUCGCCACUGGUUUUAAGCGUCAAGAAGAAAGUGAUGGGAGACUUCUCCAGGGGAAUCAACUAACCCAGGGAGAUGCCUCACUUGGAAGUAACAGACGGCCUGCGUCCUUUUUGGAAGGUGGUUCAGUAGAGAUUCCCGAGUUCCUCAGAAAGAAGGGGCGAUCACGCUACCCAAGAGCUUAAGUUAGUCUUUGUUUUUUCCUGUAUGUAUUACUUUCUUUCCCUUUUCUUUCUCCAUCUAUCUUUCGACAUGAUAAAGCAUGUGUUAUAUGUACAGGAUCUUUGGUUAUGCAUCAAAUAUCGCGUUUUUUUCUCAUGGAAAGCAUAGUCCUUAUCAGUUUUCUUGAUAAAGUAGUUAGAUUCUGUUCUAAAGUUUCUCCAUUAGUAGUGCUUAUACAUAUUAGUUUGUCAAUGAUUGUAAUAAACUGGAGAUACUAUCAUAUUAGAGGCACAAGCAGUUUUCUAACUUUGUGAUCUGUAAAGCUGCUGUAACAUGGAUAUGCCGAGGGAACUUGUGCACAUACUUGUGAUUUAGGAUCAGUUUUGAUGCUCUAUACUUGGUUA